AUGGCUUCGGCACAAGAAGAGGCUAACGCCCUGAAGCUGAAAGGCAACAAGGCCUUCGCUGAGCACGACUGGCCCACGGCAGUGCAGUUUUACGAUCAAGCCAUUGAGAAAUACGACAAGGAGCCAUCCUUCUUCUCCAACAGGGCUCAGGCCCAAAUCAAACUCGAGGCCUUCGGCUUCGCCGUCGCCGACGCCACUGCGGCCUUGGAAUUGGACCCCAACUACGUCAAGGCGUACUGGAGAAGAGCCCUGGCCAAGACUGCCAUCCUCGACUAUAAGGGAGCCCUGCGCGACUUUAAGGCAGUGGUUCAGCGGGAACCCAACAACCAGAAUGCGAAGAUCAAGCUCGCGGAGUGUGAGAAGCUUGUGCGCCGUCUGAAUUUUGAGAAAGCGAUCGAAGUUUCCGACCCUCCUUCAGCAUUCGAGGGCCUGGAUAUCGAAGCAAUUAAUGUGGAGAGCGACUAUGAUGGCGUGCGACUGGGCAGCGAGAUGACUCAGGAAUUCAUCGAUGAUAUGAUUCAGCGGUUCAAGGAUGGCAAGAAGAUUCACCGCAAAUAUGUGUUCCAGAUCAUCAAGGCUGUGAAAGAAAUCGUCUAUAAUGAGCCAACCAUGGUGGAGGUUGGUGUUGAUGCGGGCAAGAAGUUGACAGUCUGUGGUGACACUCACGGUCAAUUCUUCGAUUUGCUCGAGAUCUUCCGUCGCAACGGAAGCCCAUCUGAGUCGCAUGCCUACCUCUUCAACGGUGACUUCGUUGACCGAGGCUCGUGGUCGUGCGAGAUUGCCUUGCUGCUUUACGCUUAUAAGUGGCUGCGUCCGAGCGGCUUGUUCCUCAACCGUGGUAACCACGAGACGGAUGACAUGAACAAGGUCUACGGUUUCGAGGGCGAGUGCAAGGCUAAGUAUAAUGAGCGUGUGUUCAAGGUCUUCUCCGAGUCAUUCUCUGCGCUUCCUUUGGCGACAUUGAUUGGCGAGAAGUAUCUUGUCCUACACGGUGGUCUGUUCUCAGACGAUAAGAUCACCUUGAACGAUAUUCGCAAGCUGAACCGCCACAACCAAAGGCAGCCCGGCCAACAAGGCUUGAUGAUGGAGAUGCUUUGGACUGACCCCCAGCCUCAGCCCGGCCGCGGGCCAAGUAAGCGUGGUGUUGGCCUUCAAUUCGGUCCCGAUAUUACCAAGCGUUUCUGCGAGAACAAUGGUCUCGAAGCCAUCAUUCGAUCGCAUGAGGUCCGCAUGGAGGGUUAUGAAGUUGAGCACGAUGGCCGGUGCAUCACUGUCUUCUCGGCGCCCAGAUACUGUGACUCAACGGAGAACAAGGGCGCCUAUAUCAACAUCGGACCCGAUCUCAAGCUCAACUAUGAAGUCUUUGAAGCAGUUCCUCACCCUGAUAUCAAGCCCAUGGCCUACGCCCAAAACUCGAUCUUAUCUUCUAUGUAA